GUUAUACAGGACCAUAUUCACCACUUCUGUCGUUUUCCUUUACGUUGUUGGUGUUGAAUGUACUUGUAUAACUAUCGCUCAUCGUUCCAGCCCUGUCGUUUACAGUCCAGAUCAUUCAACACCUUCAUUUACCUUCCAGGUUCCCCCUUUUUGGUUGAUAGAUAGACGGGAUCUUCCACAUCGCAUUUUUUAAUUUAUUGCACAUAAUACACAGCGAGUGAACGACGUAUACGAGAUACAGUGCAACACCAGCGUUAGACACCUCUGCAGGACAUCAACCCGUGGAAAAGAAAAGCAAGCAAUGUAGUAUUGGAGUUCAUUGAACACCGUUCGGGGUUCCAAAGUCAACAUAAACGCUCGUUUACUUGGAGGCUCACUUUUUGCGCGAUAUCAGUUCAGAAAAGCAUCGGUUGCAGCAGUCGAGGGUGGAUGAACAGUGGAAUACUGCAAGGAAACAACAUAACAAUGAAGUUGUCAUGGUUCGCCGCAAUCAGCAUCGCCAUUGCCCUCAAAGCAACACCGGUCUUUCCACAGGAUGAAGUCACUACAUCUGAAAUCACGCCGUCCGAAGUCACAUCGUCUGGAGUCACGCCCUCUGAAGCCACACCAACCGAAAUCCCACCGGGCUCCGACCCCAUCCCGGAGGAGCGCAGCGAUCCAGUCCCCGAACAAGGCAGCGAGGCUGAAGUAUCAGAAGAGGAGGAUGACUACGGCACGGUUCCACACCUCCCAGAGGAUUGCAGCGACAUUCGAAUCUUCAGUGCUCGGGGAUCGAAUGAACCUUACCCAGGCCGGGGAGGGGAGAUGUUGGGGGUCAUGUGUUCGAAGUUCGAGCCGGAAGGCGUGUCCUGCGACUACGAGGACAUUGUCUACCCUGCCAACAUCUCUUACUCGGGUAUUUACUGUGAAUCGGCCAACGCCGGCGCCUACGCUGGCCAAGCUCAGUUGAGAGACUAUACCCAACGGUGUCCAGAUUCAAAGUUGAUCUUGCUGGGCUAUUCUCAAGGGGCAGAUGUUGUUGGUGAUAUGCUGGGUGGUGGCGGUGGGUCGAUAUUUGGAUGUGAUCAGGCCUGGAAUCCAUCGAUGCCUCGGGACACAGUGCCUGGGUCAAGGAUCGCCGCCGUUGUAACCAUGGGAGAUCCUCGCUUCACCGCAAACCAGCCGUACAACAUCGGACGUGGCUCGACCUACAACGGCACUUCACCACGGUCAGGGCAACAACUCGCCGACCUCAACGUCUACGAGGACAUCAUCGCAAUGUGGUGUAACGCGGGCGACCCCGUGUGUGCUGUCGGUAGCGAACCAGUCAACAUUAGCGCCCACUGGAGCUAUUACGACCAGUAUUCCGUGGUUGCGUCCGAAUGGGUCGUGGCCACCGUACUGCACCAUCCUAAUGUACGGCUCGACUUGGAUCUUGACGGACAUAACGAGAGUGUUGUCUUGACGGGGUCGAAGAAUUCAACGGAUAACAAUGACACUGUAAUUCAUAGUGGGAAUAGUGGGGAUGAGAACAAGGCAACAAGCUUGAUAAGUCCUUCAGGCGGUGGGAUAGGUCUUCUGAGCACCGUGGUGUUGGUCACGGCGGGUUUGAUCUCUGCCAUUUAAUAGUAAUGAGAGCAUGUUUAUCCUG